ACUGGGGUAGUUGAGAAAAUAAAAAAAUUGUAAAAUGCAAAAGUAGUGGAAGAAUAAGAAGAGAGAAAGUAUUAUGUUGGAUCCACCAAGUUUGAGAAAUGAAUUAAAUAUUGUAAAAGCUUUCCAAAAAAGGAAAUAAAGCAAGUAUUUAAAAACAGCCGGAAAAGAAUAGUGGAACAUGUAUUUAAAAACAGGGAGUAAGAGAUUGAUGUAAAAUUAGCAAAACCAUAAUUUACUUACACUUAUGGUUUCACUGAGAUAAACUCAUGAAAUUUCCCAAAAAAAAAAUCCAUGAAAUAGUCAAGUCAAUUCUACCUAAAUUAAAAAUCUAAUGCCUAAGUGGUUUAAACCUUAGUAGCAACGUCAGGAGCACGAGAACAGGGGACAACAUGAACAAAAUAUGACCGUUGGGCAAAAAGGAAAGAAAAUCUAUAACACCAAAUUAAAAAUCCCAUUAGAUUACAUUUAUUUUCUUCCCUUAUUAAUCCAACGACUAAUUUGUGAAAAAAAAAACCACUAAUUACAAACAUCAUUCACACUCCUCCUCUACUUAUUUCGUCAAUUCAAAUAAUCAAAUCACAAAUUUUAGAACCAAUUCUUCUUCCAUUUUCUCUUUCUCUCUCCUCAAAUUCUUCUCUCAUUUGUGUUUGGUUGUGGGAAUUAGGAAUCCAAUUCUGGGGUUUUUUUUUAUCUUCUUCAUUUUCUAGAUUUUCUGCAGAUGAUGUGACAUUAUUCAGUUUGAAAAAAAGAAAAAGAAAAAGGGACGGUCCAUAAUUAUAAUUGUAGCAUAUUCUUCAAGAUCAAAACUUUAUUGUAAAGGGGUUUUAUUAAAUCAAAAAAUGGCAGUUGAAAUUGAAGGAAAUCGUCAAGUAGAAGAAGAAAUGGUUGCAAACACUAUGCAAAUGGUGGAAAGUGGUGGUGGUGUUGAAAGUCAUCCUUAUGCAUUUCAUGUUUCUGGGCCGAGGAAUCUUUCUUCCCCUAAUUGGAGAGAUAUUAUCAAUUCUAGCUGGAAAGAUGGCAAUUAUAAAAGAACAGUCAUGGCGUGUUUCAUACAAGCUGCUUACCUGCUAGAGCUUGACAGGCAAGAAAACAGAACACCUGAUAAUGCUUUGGCUCCGAAGUGGUGGUUGCCUUUCAAGUACAAACUAACCCAGACCUUAAUCGAUGAGAGAGAUGGAUCCAUAUUCGGAGCAGUACUUGAAUGGGACCGCUCUGCAGCUUUGGCCGACUUCAUUUUCAUGCGGCCAAGUGGGGCCCCAAAGGCUGUUUUAGCUCUAAGAGGAACAAUCCUCAAGAGUGUGACAAUUCGAAGGGAUUUAACUGAUGACCUCCGUUUCCUUGCUUGGGAAAGUUUAAAAGGUUCAGUAAGAUUCAAAGUGGCUUUUGAUGCUCUCAAAUCAAUUGCAGACAAGUAUGGAAGUGGCAAUGUCUCUAUUGUCGGUCAUUCAUUAGGUGCUGGGUUUGCCCUUCAAAUUGGAAAGGCAUUAGCCAAAGAAGGAAUAUAUGUGGAGGCUCAUUUAUUCAACCCACCUUCGGUUUCCCUAGCCAUGAGCCUUAAGAAUCUAGGAGAGAAAGCGGUUUUUGGUUGGAAGAGAAUCAGGGCAAUGCUUCCUUCAGGAGCCGAAAUCCAGAGCAUAUCAUCAGAUGAUCAGAACAAGGUGGCAAAUGAAGUGUUGAGAAAAUGGGUACCGCAUUUGUAUGUAAAUAACAGUGAUUAUGUAUGCUGCUAUUAUGCUGAUCCAACCGGAAGUAUUGAAGCCGGAAACAACAGUGGCAGUAAGGAAAAUGUGGCUCCUGUGAACAACAAUGCUGCCAGUGUGGCUGCAAAGCUCUUUGUAUUGUCCAAGGGAAAUCAGAAGUUUCUCGAUGCUCAUAGAUUGGAGCAGUGGUGGGCUGAUGAUCUAGAACUUCAGACCGUUAUAAACAACAGCAAGCUGAUUAGUCGGCAACUCAAAUCUUUGUAUCAACUCCCAGCAUCACAGCAGGCAGUACCAGGGAAGCAAAGAUAGCAUCCAGGGAAUGAGGGAACCCAAAAUGAUGCGACAACUGAUGCAAAGUAUUUCUUUUUCAUCUCAUUGUCCUCAUAAUUGUGAUCAUAUGUUUUACAAUUGAGAAUUUUAAUCAUUUUUCCUAAAGUAAUCUUCAGAAACUUUGGGCCUAUUGGUCUUGCAAAGAGUUAAUGUAAAUCCCCUUCAAAUAACUAGCAAUAUCUUCUGAUUACUUGUUUAGUAUAGCUUCUUAAUAUUGAACUAUCCUUGAUCUAA